CAACGUCAUAAAAUGACCUUGAAUCAAAUAUUUUCUUAUCGUUAUCGCGCAUAUUGCGUUAUUUUCGGAAAAUGUAAAUAGUAAAUUGUUAUACAGUGUAUCUCAUCACGACCUCAUCACUAUGACCAGUCUAUAUAUUGAUAUAAGAGAUGAUCAGUGGCCGCUUGUAUACGAUGAAAAAUAUAAUGUAUCUUUUUGUGGAUUUGAGAAGUUACAUGUGUUUGAUGCUAAGAAAUGGCGAAAUAUAAUCCAGUAUCUAUUAGAAGCUAACUUCAUCACUCAAGAAUGUCUGGUAAAACCGCUCGAAGCUAAAGAAAAUGAUCUACUUGUUGUCCAUACAAAGAAAUACCUAAAAUCUCUUAAAUGGAGCGGAAAAGUGGCAAUGAUAGCAGAGGUUCCUGUAGUGGCUUGUCUCCCGAAUAUUCUUGUUCAAAGAGCUUAUUUGAAGCCUAUGAGAUUACAAACUGGUGGUUCAGUGUUAGCCGGUAAGUUAGCACUCGAGCGAGGCUGGGCGAUAAACGUGGGCGGCGGCUUCCACCACUGCAGCGCGGGUCGGGGCGGGGGGUUCUGCGCAUACGCCGAUAUCACGCUCCUUAUAAAGAAUCUAGUCGUACAUAGGAAUGUGCAGAACGCCAUGAUUGUGGAUUUGGAUGCUCAUCAAGGCAAUGGCUACCAGCGUGAUUUCCUCGGAGUUCCUGAAGUAUACAUCAUGGAUAUGUACAAUAGACACAUCUAUCCCAAGGACGAAGAAGCCAAGAGAGCUAUCAGACGGAAGAUUGAAUUGGGGAACAAGGUUGAAGAUUUGGAGUACAUGUUGAAGUUAAGAAAGAAUUUAAAGGCUGCCCUCAAAGAGUUUAAGCCAGACAUAUUGGUUUACAACGCUGGCACAGACGUGUUAGAUUCAGAUCCCCUCGGACAUAUGCGGAUCAGUGAAGUCGGUAUCAUAAAACGCGAUGAAUUCGUCUUCGAGAUAUGUAAAGAGAAGGAAAUCCCAGUCGUGAUGCUCACCAGCGGAGGCUAUUUGAGGAAGACCGCGAGAAUAAUAGCAGAUUCCAUCAUGAACCUCAAGAACAAAGGGUUAAUUGGAUGCGAGCCUAAGAACAAGGUUACAGAUAAACCGGACAGGUUUUGAACGGUUUGAAUUUGGUUUCAUUAAUUUUAUAUAAAAAUGAAUCUUAUAACAAUAAGCCAAGAUCGUUUUUUCAUUGUGAAUUAAUAGAUCUUUAAAA